AUGGUCGCUUUGAGAACGAAUACUCUCACCGAUAGAGACAACAAAUACUCACUGACCGUUGCUUGGCAACAAAGUCGCCUGCUCGGUUGUACUGGUGUCGAAAAGCGCCGAGAAGCGAGAAGUCAGUGCUUGCGGAGAAUGGCCGAACGACUGAGGCAGCUGGUGAAAUCUCUGAACAAACCACCGUUCAGCAAAACCCUCAGCUUAGCGCUGCUCGACUCUCUUGCACCUGAGGAUUACGUUCAGCUGUUGAACGAUACGCUGUGUACCCUCCGCCAAGGGCAUCGAGAAGACAUCCGUCGACAGCCAGCUGAUACGAGGGCGCUGAAACUCCUGCAGGACCUCAAGAUUGUGCGAUACAGUCCCCAGAAUGACGGCGACGCCUCGCAGUAA